AUGCAAGCGGUAGUUUUCAAGGGUCCACUGCAGGUCGCCCUCGAACGGCGACCCCGGCCACAAGUUCGAGACCCAACCGAUGCGAUUCUGAAGGUGCGAUAUACCGCACUAUGUGGCAGUGAACUGCACGUCUUUCGGGGCCAUCAGCCCUCGGGAACAGGGUUUAUCAUGGGCCACGAGUUCACAGGUGAGGUGGUCGAGGUCGGGUGCCAGGUACAAUCCUUCAAACCGGGUGAUCGGGUUGUUUCCCCCUUUACUGUCAGCUGUGGCGAGUGCUUCUAUUGUGCCAGCGGCUUUUCCUCCCGAUGUGCGCAGGGCCUACUCUAUGGAAGCGCCGCGCUGGAUGGUGGACAGGCGGAGUACGUUCGUGUUCCUCUGGCGGAAUCGAGCCUGUUCCACGCGCCCGCUGAGAUCGACGAAAAGAAGCUGGUGUUGAUGGCCGAUAUUUUCCCCACCGGCUAUUUUGCUGCGAGCAAUGCAUUUCGCGGACUGGAGUCCCCUGCAAUCCAGGGUAGCACCGUGCUACUAUUUGGAUGUGGACCCGUGGGGAUAUGUGCCCUGGUCAGCGCCCUGGAGUAUCGCCCGAAGCAUUUGAUUGCCAUUGAUAGUGUGCCAUCGCGCCUGCACCUUGCGCAGAGUCUUGGGGCCGAGACCUGGAACUUUCAAGAGAACGAAGCUUGUCUACGCGAACGAGUCAAGGAAAUCACAGAUGGCCGUGGAGCGGAUAUUGUUAUCGAGGUUGUGGGCCACAGUAGCGCGCUGCGGAUGGGCUUCGAGAUGCUUCGUCCAUGGGGUGUGCUAUCCAGCGUCGGUGUGCAUAACGGCGAGAUUCCCUGGACCGGAAACGAGGCCUAUGGAAAGAAUUUGCGCCUGCAGAUGGGACGAUGCCCCGUUCGCAGUAUUUUUGGGAAAGCUAUAGAGCUGUUGGCCAAGAAGCAGGACGUCUUGAAUUUCAUGUCGGAGGACAUUCGUCCGCUGUCCCAGGCCGUGCAGGCUUAUGAUGAUUUCAACCGGAUGAAUUGCCAGAAAGUGAUCUUCGAGGCCGACAAGUAG